UAUCGCAUUGCGCUAUUAGUUUUGCCGCUCUUGGGCCUCUCCGUGUGCAAAGGCCCUGAUCUCUUCUCUUCCCUCACGUCCUUGAUCAUUCCUCACAAGUGGAUCAACGAUUGAGAGAAGAGCAUGGCCACAGACACAGGAGAGCAAGAGGCGGGGGCGCAGCCGCCUGUGCAGUCAUCGCUGACGGCCAAAGUGCUCGGAGAUGCCUCUGCCCACGCCGAGGCGGACCCUGAACAGGUCGAAGGUUCACGCAAGGACCUGCCCAAGGCCGAAGUGGUGCCUGAGCACGUCAAAGCCAUCCCUGCCGCCAAUGCCGACGAGGUCCCGCGUGUGGCCGAUGGAGACGAGGAGCGCGCGACCGAUCCUGGCGUGACGGACCUGGGCUGGUCAGAGGACCCCAAGAUUCCCAUUCCUGUCCUGCACGGCCUGAAGAACGAGGACGUAUGGCAGCUGGUCCGGCGCUUCAAUAAGCAAGUCUACCAUCUGAAGGCGCUCAAGCCCGACGAAGAGCCACAGGGCGGCAUCGACCUCAACAUUGCCGACAAGGACGAGUUCACGCCCGACAAGCUCCGUUCCACCCUCGAGCGCCUCUACAUGACAAUCGGCCUUGGCAUGGCAGCUUUCUUCAAGCACAUCGCGAGGAUCCGAUCGUGGAAAGAAUACAAGCGCACGAUCUUCUUCCUCGCCCUCUAUUCGGUGGCCUGGUUGCUCAACUACCCCAUGACGCUCCUCUUCACGCUCCUUACGGUGCUUCUGGCCAGCCCACGCGGGAGGCGUAUCCUCUUUCCCCCUGCACCGUUGGCGGCCAUCUCGGCCAAGACGGGUGCGGCAAGGGUUCCCAAGGCUGGGCACCUGGGAAGUGAGAGCCUGACAGGCGCUGCGGAGAGCUACAAGGGAGAGGCCGUCGAGCAAGAGGCGUCCAACAUUGUCGGUUCCGUCGCACACAUGGCUGUCAGCACAGCUAUCGGAAACGAUUCCUCAAAAGUCCAGCAGCAUGUGACCGACGACGAUGACGACGAUGACGGUGAUGGCGCCGAAGACGAGAAGAGGAGCCCUGCAAAGCGAGAAGAGGAGGCCACGCCAGAUCCGGCCGAUAUGGCCUUGGCGUCGAAGGAUGCCCAGUCCAAGGUCAAGGGCGACAAAAAGCACGCUGACAACCAGAAGGACCACUCUGCCGAUGCCGUACACCAAUCCGUGUGGGAGGGCGCCCAGCCACUGCUUCACGCCCUCGAGGAUGUGGCUGACACCUGGGAACGCUUCGGUAAUGCGCUGUCACCCACGCCUCCCUUUGCGCAGCACCGGCCCCGGCUCUUUAUUGCAGGCGCAGUCGCUGUGCCACUUCUUCUGGCCAGCUUGGUCGUGACCAACACGAUGGUGUACAGGGGCACGACUUUUGGCUUGGGUUUUGCCUUUUUCGGACAGCCCCUCUUUGACCGGCUCAAAAUCUCGGACGUGCGCAAGUGGCUCGAUGAGAAGGUGCCUGACUGGCCUCGCUACCUCGAGCUCCGCAACUCGCUUCUCAAGGGUGUGCCCACGGAUGCACAGCUGACGAUGACACUCCUUCGCAUUGGAGAAGCCAACAAGUCUCCCCUUCCACCCCCUCCGCCCGCUGUAAAUGCACCGGUGCCGACGGCCAAAGAGGGACACGAUAUGUCGGAAGACGUCCCUCCCGAAUACGAAGACGAGCUCAAGAAGGACCACGACGAGCAGCAGCAGCAGCAGCAACAACAAGAGGGUGCUGGAAAAGCGGUGCCCGACGAGUCAUCCAAGAAAAAGAAGCCGUCCAGGCUACUGGGCUUCUUCAAGGGAACCGUCAAGGCCGGCACGAACACGGUUCUGGGCACCAAUGCCGUCAAGGCCGAGGCUUUGCGGCUGGAAAAUGCGCGCCGCAAAAAGGGUGUAGUGAAAAAGGAUGUCUCGAGGGAGGCCGUCGGCGAUGGUCCCACUUCCUUCCACGCGAGGCAUCACGGUAAAAAGGGUCUCGUGCUGAUCAGCACCACGAGUACGACACCCUGCGUGUCCUUUGAAAAGGCGUGGCCCGCCACGGCGAAAGCUGCACAUGCGGCCUAUGAAAAGGCCCUCGAGCAGUCACAGGACAAGGACGACGGAGAGGACGGAGAAACGCAGAUGGUCAAGACGCUGAGGGAGACCGCCGAAAAGGCCCGUCCGACUGCGCACUUCAGCAUCCUCGUCGAUGACAUUGUCUCGCUCAAGAAGCUGGGCGGCCUCGGGUGGAAGACGAAGCUCGUCGUUGGGUGGGCCCUGGAGUCUCAGGUCGCAGACGGCCUCGAGAUUGAGACGACGGACGGAAAGAAACACGUCGUCACAGCGAUGCCCAGGCGCGACGAGGUGUUUAACCGUCUUGCCAGCUUGGGAAAGGCUCACCAAUGGGAGGCCUGGUGAAUAAUGUCCUUCUUGUGCAGAUCCUUCCCUCUCUUUGCUUCUCAGCACAUACUUUCGUUUGCAAUUUCGUAUUUUCGCAUUUGUGCAAUAGAUGUGUUUUACAGACC